AUGGAGGCGCUCCGGACCGCGGAGGCGGAGCUCACGGUGUACGUGCACCCCUCCAACACCAAGCGCGUCCGGCACGCCGUCAACCGCCAGCUCAGCGCGCUCCUCUUCACGUAUGACAACCGUUUUGAUGGCGUGUUGCUGACGCAUGAAGUUGCAUUCCAUCUUGGCAAUGACAAAGAGGGCAAACCCAAGAAAGAUGAAAAUGGUGAACCCAAAGAUGAAAGUGGUGAACCCAAAUCUUGUGUCAAAGGCAAAAUCAAAGAUGGAAGUGGUGAACCCAAAGAUGAAAGUGGUGAACCCAAAGAUGAAAGUGGUAAACCCAAAAUUUGUGUCAAAGGCAAAAUCAUGAAUGGCUUGGUGCCAUAUUUCGGUGUCCAAGUGCGUGCCAAUCUGCUUCUCUUCUCUCCCCAACCGGACAUGAUCCUUGAAGGGACGGUUGAAAUGCUUGGAAAGGAGUCAAUCCAUGCCAUUGUUUUAGGGGUUUUCUCAGUGGCAAUUAUGUCUGAAGAUAUCCGUGAAAAGUUCAAAUUCAAAAGGAAAAGUGAAGGAGGGAAAUUUGCGAGCCGCACAGAUAAAAAGCACGUGAUUAAAAGAGGAACAAUGAUAAGGUUUUCUGUCAAAAGGGUGGAUACAGAAAUGAAUUGUCAUAUUACUGGAUCAUUAAUCCCACCUCACACUGGAUGCAUGCGUUGGUUGUCAGUACAUGACACUGAAUAUGCAUCAGAACUCAAAAGUGAUGAAAGUAGAUCAAGGGAUACAAGCACCAAAAUUGAGCAGAAUAAACAAGAACACAGAAUACUCAAGAAUGAAGAUGGCAUGGUGAAAUCUGAACAGCCAUAUAAGUCCCGAAAGAGGCGGCACAUUGAGGAAUGA